AAAAGAAAUAAAAUAGAAAUAGGUGUCGGUACAGAUGGUGCAGCCAUGGACUAUUCCAUGCUUCAGACAUCCUUGGAGACGUAAGUGCUGAGGAGAGACUGAGUAUUUUAUUUACAAACAAUGAUUGGAAUCUAAGAAUAAGAAAUUUAUUUACUAUGAACUACCACUUGGCAUUUCACAGCUUCUUAUCCUGGGGAUUUGAUACAGAGCUUAUAGAAAAAUAGAUUGCGUCCUUGUUGAUGAUUUCACUUGUAUACGAACAAGGCGACGAAUGGAUUACUUUCACAGCAGCCGGAGAUGAAGGAGUGCACUGUGAUACGCGAUGUUCAAUGCAUGAUGGAAUGCUAUGAAGCAAAAGGAGUGCAACCACCAUAAACCCUAAAUCCUAAACCUUCAAGCCCAAUAACAGAGGAAUAACAGCUGAAAAAUGUUGCAGAGAUUGGUAAUACGAAACAGGUUUCUGUCUUCAACUUCAACCUUAUCUUGGAUCAUAUCUUCAUCAACAAAUUCUUCAAACAACGUCUUAUCAACAUCACAAGGGGACUAUCUUUCGAAGCAGAAAAUAUCCGUUCGGGAAGAGAAAAACAAAAGCAACACGUGGUAUGGUUUGUAUUCGACGUUUCAUUUUGAAUCUGGGCUUCGAUGUUUUUCCUCAGAUGCAAACGCAAAUAUCAUUGACAGAAGUGAUGUCAAUACUAAUGUCGAUGUUAAUGAUCCGUUGUGCCCGGGAUGUGGAGUUUACAUGCAGAGCAAGGAUUCCAAGGCCCCUGGAUUCUUCCUUCCUUCUUCUAAUACUUCUCUUAUACCUCAUAAACAUAGGCAUAAGUUGUGGGUAGAUGUGGAACCAAGCCAGAAUCUAGACCAGAUAAUCUUACUUGAUCCUGACGAGGAACAGCCGCAAAAAUUCACAGCCAGAAAUGAAGAACAAGGGGGGCCUGGAAAGCCUGUGGUUUGCGCAAGGUGCCAUUCCCUGCGUAGUUACGGCAAGGUGAAGGAUGAGAGCGUGGAGAAUCUGCUGCCUGAUUUUGACUUUGAGGUAACUGUAGGGCCCAGGCUAAUGCACACCAAGGGUACUCGCUCCACAGUGCUAAUGGUGGUGGACAGCGUGGAUUUUGACGGGUCUUUUCCUCGGCGAGCUGCGAGGUUGGUUUCACAGGCCAUAGAAGAGGGGACCUCUGCCUGGAAGGAGGGUAAGUCCGGGAAUGUUCCUCGCUUGGUGGUGGCUGCCACUAAGUUGGACUUGCUUCCUACCCAUCUGGUCACCCCCGAAAGGCUAGAAAAGUGGGUCAGACAGCGCGCUCGCAUUGCUGGGGCAGUCAAGUUGCAGGGCGUGCAUCUGGUGAGUGCACGCAAGGGCUGGGGAAUUGACAACCUAACCGAGCAUAUCAAACAGCUGGCAGGACCACGUGGCAAUGUGUGGGUCAUUGGAGCUCAGAAUGCUGGCAAGUCUACUCUCAUAAAUGCAAUUGGGAAGCAUGUUGGGAAUGGCAAAAGCGUCACUCAGCUUACCCAGGCCCCUGUGCCGGGUACAACAUUAGGGAUUAUCAGGGUUCAAGGUAUCCUUCCUGACAAAGCCAACUUGUUCGACACCCCUGGCAUUCUUCAUCCUCAUCAGAUGUCAACCCGCUUGAAUAGAGAAGAACAAAAGUUGAUACACAUUAGCAAGGAGCUUAAGCCCAGGACUUAUAGAUUAAAGGUUGGUCAAUCUGUACAUGUUGGCGGAUUAAUGAGGGUUGAUAUAGAAAAGUCUUCUGUGGAAACAAUCUAUUUAACCAUCUGGGCUUCUCCUCUUGUUCCAUUACAUUUGGGGAAGGAAGAGAAUGCGGAUAUGCUAAAAGAACGACAUUUUGGACUUCAGUUGCAGCCUCCCGUCAGUCAGGAAAGGGUUUCUGAGCUUGGUGAGUGGCAGAAAAGGGAACUACAAGUAUCUGGAAACAGUUGGGAUUUCAAUUCUGUUGACAUUGCCACAGCAGGUAUUGGUUGGUUGUCAGUAGGCCUUAAAGGUGACGCAACAUUAGCAGUGUGGACUUAUGAUGGUGUGGACAUUACAUUACGUGAUGCUUUGAUCUUAGACAGAGCAAGGUUCUUUGAAAAUUCUGGAUUUACGGUUUCAAGUAUAGUCUCCAAGGCAGACAAAAAACAAAAAAAUGCAGAAGUAAAGAAUAAAGACGGGGGAAAGAAAAGCAACGAUUCAAAAGGAAAAAAUGAUGAUUCAAAAAUUAUGAUGGAACCAGAAAAUAAUUAAAUAACUCUGCAGUCCUUUUUGAGACUAGAUUUAGCCUGUCGUGCAGUGUAAACCCCAAGAAGAGGAAUGGAGAUCUGAAUCAAAGUUAAUUGGUCACUUCACAUAGAAACAUAUCUAGGCAAUCGCAUUUAAAGGAUUCAUGUAUCUGCAAUUCAAAAUGACAUAAAUAUCUUCUUAUGUAGGAGCUUACAGUGCAUUGAAGCGAGAAUACAGUUCAUUGCCACUAUGGGAACUGUUUGAUCAGUUAAGUGCUGAUUAUUAGAUUUCGCAUUGUUUCAUAAUUGCCAGUAGCAGCCAACAUGGAUACGCCUUUACUUCUUUGUAGCCUAUCUUGAAAUAGAAUCAUUUGUUGUUUCGGUGGGA